AUGUCCACUGUUGUACUCAUCACUGGAGCCAACCGGGGCCUCGGCAAGGGUCUCCUUGAGCGAUACCUACAGCUGCCCAACUACACCAUCAUCGCAGCCAACCGCAACCCGGACCACCCAACAUCCAAGGACCUCUCUAAGCUCCCCACGGCUGACGGCACAAAACUCAUCGUAGUCAAGCUUGACGCUAGAGUGUGGGAGGAUGCUUUCAGCGCCGUGAAGUUGCUCGAGUCCCAGGGUAUUGACCACAUUGAUAUUGUUAUUGCCAAUGCUGGCGUGGCCUACACGUGGCCUACAGUCGCCGAGGUCAAGCUCGAGGACCUCGUCGCCCACGUCGAACCCAACGCCUAUGGCGUCGUGUCACUUUACCAGGCCACCCGCCCACUGCUGCAAAAGUCCAAGAGAGAGCCCAUCUACGCCAUUAUGGGGACCACUGCUGGAAGUUUGAACUUAGGGUUGGUCGCUGAUGUUGAUACGCUCUGCAGCACCCAGCCCCAGCUUCCCAACGCCUGCUAUGGUCCGUCCAAGUCGGCAUCGGCCUGGUUCAGCAUCCGUAUCAACGAGGAGGAUAGCUGGCUGCACUCAUUCUCGCUGUCUCCUGGCUGGGUUCACACCGACCUGGGCGAUGCAGGUGCGGUGGGCUUGGGUGUCGACAAGGCCACCCAGGACCAACUCAUGAUUGGAGUGGACGAGUCGUGCGACGGCAUGAUGAAGGUGCUUGCUGAGACGACCAAGGAGAAGCAUGGUGGAAAACUGGUCCUUUACAGCGGUGGUACUAUGCCCUUUUAA